CCUUGCCCCGCAGAGGACAGGGAACGAUCAUCAUCGCCGGAGCUUCUCCUACAUUCUCUGUUCCCCUCUUGCUUCUGAUGAUUUUUAUCCUCGGUGUUUCUUGCAGAAUAUUGGCGACGUUGGACUUGGUUGACCACCGUGUCAACGGUCUUUCAACUGGUCAGGGGCACGACUGACGAUGCGCAUGAUGCAACUGCUCCAUAAGCAACUAUCAAUAUGUCUUCCAGAUCGAAUGUGACGAAACGCGCCUGCGAUGGAUGCAAGAUUCGAAAAAUCCGUUGCGGUGGUGGUAAUCCGUGCCCGGCUUGUGUCAACGCACGCAUCAAAUGCACUUAUAUUCGAGUCCAGCAAACUCGAGGCCCGCAGCGAAUACGUUCCACGACCAAAUAUUUGAUUGAGCAAGCACAGCGUGACUCUGAAGCUGAAGACAGCUCUCAGAGCGGAGAGUUGCUUGGAGUUGACAGCGCGCUGCCGCCUUCAUCCAAGCGGCGCAAAACAGAAAGAUCUCGGAUCCCAAAUAAUAUUAUCGCACCACCGUUGUAUAUAUACCAUGUACGCAUGUACCCUGUCUGGCCCAUCGUCGACGUCGAGGGCAUUGUAUCGGCACUUCAAGACACCAAAGGCGAGAGUCUUGAGACAUACGCAUUAGCAACGGCCGUUGCAGCUGCUACAAUCGCUCAGCUGAGACUGGGACAGAGCUCCCUUCCUGAUGAAACCAUUACCGCCGAUACCCUCGUGGCUGAAUGCUUGCGGGCACGCGAUUCGUGCAGAUACAGGUCCAAGGUUAGUCUGGACAAUGUGCGUACAGCAUUUUUCCUGCACGUUUACUACGAGAACCAAGAAUCUGGGGGGAGUGAGUCGUUAUUAUAUCUACGAGAGGCUAUUUCGCUUGCCCAGAUGAUGAACUUACAUCGCGAGGCUUCCUAUGCGGGUCUUUCAGAGGAUGAAAAGCAAAUCCGCCGCCGUGUGCUAUGGCUACUUUUUGUUACUGAGCGGGGAGUGUGUAUCCUCCAUAAGCUUCCUGUAGUCCUCAAAACCAACAUUCGCCCUCCCGAAGCCGAUGCGAACGAUGAACCGCAAGUCCUGCCGGCAUUCCUGAAACUCCUGAAUUUGUUUCGCCUUUUUGAACAGUCCAAAAUGUUCGAUAUAAUUGAGGAUGAAGAUCCAGAGACUCAAUCAAUUGCCGAUGAUAUUGGCAUUCUCGAUGGCGGGUUUCUUGAGAUGUUGCAGCAAAAGUUGCAGGACAGCUCUGUGCUAUUUGAUCACAUUUCCGACGUACAGAAAGCCGACUUGUGUGUCACCAGACACUGGAUGCGGAUGAUCUUGUGGAAGCUUUCUUUUAAGAAGAACCUUCUAUAUUCUUCAUCCCAGUGGCCUACAUCGCCAUCAUUUCCUGUGGCGGUGGCUAAGGAACUCUUGAAUAUGGUUUCUCAAUUGCCUCGACCAGCCAUUGAGGCCCACGGGCUUGGAAUGGAAUUAAAGCUAUACGAAAUUGCCAGCUCUCUUGCGGAUGCUGUCAUGAAUCUGGCCAUGCUCCCUCGGGCCCCCGAUUGGGACUCUGAAAGCCGUCCUAGUAAUAUCCUAUCUCGACUACACUCGAUUCUUUCCACUUUUCGUGGGGGAGGAAAUAAAACCCUGGUCGAUAUGCUGUAUAGAAAAAUGGCAGAAGCUCAGUCGAGGAGUGGCCCUUUGUUGGCAAAGUCUCUGCGAGUGCCACAGCAGUCGACCCGGAACGAGUUGGCCUCUGACGGUCCCUCACAAACCGAAGAAACUGCUCUUACACAGCCUGACCCUUGUGAAUUUGAGCACUUCAUUGCUGUAAUCGAAACACCACCGGCCCAUAGAAUAGAUCCUUCGCUUCAGCCGGGUGAUGAUGAAUUUACCCGUAUGCAACGGCAUCUGCAGCUAGGACAGACUCAGCUGCAUGAUGAUCAUAGCUACCAAACCACACUAAACGAUGCAACGGAAUGCGGGUUUGGCGAAGCAACGCUAAAUCCGUCCUAUGUAGCUUAUCCUGCAUGCAGUCAAGAUCCUGGCUAUAUGGCACAGUCCCCACCUACAAUACUUGAAACGGGGAAUACGCCCACGCUAUCACCUUCUUGGCCAGCCCACAGCUCGGUGGAGAUGAUGAUUGGGGACUUUAUAUCGCAGAUCCCGGACGGAAGGUUCCCGGAUGAGAGUACGGUGGGGAGCUUUCUGACGAGUGACGAUUUUACGAGGGAGGUUGUGGAUGCCAAUCAGGCUUGACGACCUGGCCAUAAUGCAUGCUACAGCUUUUGUGUAUGGGAGAUUGGACCAGUUUGGGAAGCAUUUCAUACU